ACGUAAACAAAAUUGACGUUGCAAUGCAAGCUGUGUGGACUGCUGUGAUGUGAGACUGAGAUGUGAGCAGGAGAAAUAUAUUAGGAGGCGACUUAUUAACUGCACUGUUGCUAUGUUACUGUGCUAUCAAUAUGAAAUUCUGCCUGGCAAAAUGAUUCUUCACCAUACAUCUUUCACAACAUUAAACGUUUAGCUACGUUAGAAUUAAAACUAGUCUACUCUAGGCAUGCAUGCUAGGCUCUUUGACUGACCAUGGACUCUUCGAUCUUGCUCGCCAAGUCAGACCUUGUUCAUUGAUUCAAUGAUUGAAUGAGUGGCGAGGCGGCAGGCAAGUGUGCGAAUUUGUUUUUUUUUAGUCCAGAAUCCAGCCAAUCCAAUUGAGUAACAACAGGACAACAUUGACAAACAUUUGAGAUCAUGGAGACCAAUAUCAAGAUUCUACUUGCUGUUUGCAUGCUCAUCGUGUUUAUAGUGACCCUGUUGGGUGCCUUAUUACCCCUCAAAGUAUUUGGCCGACGAACCAACCAAUCCCGGGCUCAGAUCGAACGCUCGGACAAGAUUCGCAGCCUAUGUAAUUGUUUGGCAGGUGGUGUCUUCUUGGCUACUUGCUUUCUCGGCCUCAUCCCGUCAGCAAGGAACAAAUUUGUUGAAGUCUUUGCAGCAAGCAACUACAAGACGGAUUAUCCGGUGUGUGAGGCUGUAGUCAUCGCAGGAUUUUUCCUCAUAUUGGCUCUGGAGCAAGCGAUCACAGCAACACAGGAUCGCAAAGCUGCGCAGACCGUGGACUAUAUGCAAUUACAACAAAUCGAAAGUGACAUAGAUACUCAUCUAAGUGUAGAAGAAGAAGAUGAAGAUGAGGUGAUAUUUGCAUCGCCAUCACAGUCUCGUGUCAAAAGCAAUCCUCUUCCAAAUGGAAAAUCAACGAAUGGCAUUCUACAGCAUAGCCACUUUCCCGGUGCUUCAGGAAACAGCCAUUCACAUCAUGGACACAGCCACUAUGGCAAUGUCGGAUCCACCAACGUCUUACAUUCCAUCAUACUUCUCCUCGCUCUGUCUGUACAUUCCGUCUUCGAAGGUAUGGCCCUUGGCCUUCAGGAAGACAUCAAGCAAAUCAUCUAUCUACUUGUUGCAAUGGUUGCGCAUGAAAGUCUUGCAGCAUUUGCUUUAGGAGCAAGCCUUUUGAAGAGUGAGGUGCGGCUAUCAGCGUACAUCGUCUAUGGUGUUAUAUUUUCAAGUAUGAUCCCGAUAGGUACUGCGAUUGGGGUCGGGAUUCAAUCCAGUCACAGCUUCAGUGCUGAUGUUUGCUCGGCAGUCAUGCAGGCGGUUGCUGCUGGUAUAUUCAUCUUUGUGACAUUCUUUGAAAUCUUAAAUCACGAAUUUGAAAAUGAAAAAUACAGAUGGCGUAAGCUUCUCUUUACUGCAUUGGGUUAUGUCGCUCUCGCUUUACUGGAAAUUGUUGGAUGAUGCAAAUAAGUAUUUGAUUGUCUGAAAGUUUGAUAUCAUGGUGUAGGGAUAUAUAGAUUAUCCUCUUUCAAUAACUGGAAAAUGAUAUCAACAAUGUUCAUAUAGCAAAUUUGGUCAUUCAAUGAAAUAAGUUGGCAAUAAUCUUGAAUGAUCAAUAUUGAGGCAAUUCAGAAUUGAAAUUUAUUGAUGUAGAAUCCAAUGGGCAUUGAAUUUUAUUUCAGUAGGUUGCUUGAAUAUGAUUCAAGCAUAGUAUGAAUUAAGAAAUAAUGCAGACCACAUCUUUAAAGGAUAUUAAGCCUUAAAGGCUUGAUUUGAAUUUUGUUAUGGUCUUUAAAAAGAUACAACUAGCAAUGUAAAGGGGAAGUUCACCCUGACAAAAAGUUUUUUUGUAAAAAUAGCAGAAAAUAUAAUAAAAUACAUUGGCGAAGGUUUGAGAUACAU